UAGUGAGUCAACCCUAAUACAGUAAAUAAUGAACAAGAAGAGCCGGGAGAAGCAGGGGAGUAUUGAGUACGAAAAAAUAAAACAGGACAAGUACGAGUAUGCAAAUUUCAAAAUUCGAACCACUGCUGGAGGGCCCGUCUGCACCCAGAAAAAAAAUUUAAAAAGGAACAAUCCGCAAACUGUUGUUACGGAAAUCAAUUGUAAAGAAAUAUUUUGAGAAGAAAAUCUUGUUAAUAUAGGUGGAGUGAAUUCUAUGGUGAGAAUUAUAUUUAUAAAGUUAAAAAAAUUAAAAAAUAUU